GUUGACAGCAAUGGAGAUGAUGGCCUAUGUGAGCGAGAUCGGGCUGGCAGGAGGCCGGGGACCCUGGAGCGGCGUGGCGUCCUCCUCCUCCUGCGCCGAGGUGGACCUGGAGGUCAUCGAGGAGUAUCUGCAGGAGCACUCGCUGGAGGUCCAGCCCGUGCACACGCCUGACACCCCACCGGCCGCUGUGACGCAGCCUGUGCACACACAUUCCCACCAGGACACCAGGAUCAUAGAGAAUAGUUGGUCAGGUCAUGCAUAUGAAUGGCAUUAUGGCUCUCACACUCCAAACAAGGAAUAUGAGGAGCAAGCCCCACCUCCAGCCUGGUCCAGUCCACAAGACAACGAAUGGGACCACAGUGCAUAUUCCUAUGAGGCAGCUGCAUGUAGUGACUCAGACUCCCAGUCCAGUGGCUCCCAGUACCAAGAGUACCCCUAUCCUCUGUCACCAGCCUCUGAGAAAGGAGACAGGAAAAACAGUGACUCCCUGCCCCUAGCCCCGCUCUCAGGAAAGAGGAAGGAGCGGCUGUUCCAGUUCCUAUUUGAGAUGCUGCAGACUCCGUCGAUGCAGAGCUGCAUCUGGUGGGUCCAGUCGUCCUCGGGCACCUUCCAGUUCUCCUCCCAGAACAAGGAGCGCCUGGCACAGCUCUGGGGCCGACGUAAGGGCAACCGCAAGACCAUGACCUACCAGAAGAUGGCGCGGGCGCUGAGGAACUACUCCCGCACUGGGGAAAUCUACAAGGUCAAGAGGAAGCUGACCUACCAGUUCAAUGAGAAAACACUGAGAGGGCUACAAGGAGACUCACAUACGGCGUAGGCAGUGGGGAGCGGCAGGGUCACACACCACUGGACAACAUGUCAGGGUGGCGGCUUAAGCAUAGAAAUAGAAUAAGUAUAAUGGAUAUCCUGAGCGAGCUAAUUGUAGAUUCAGGCCAGCAAGUAAGGCCACUAAGGGAAAAUCUACAUGGGUUCGCUGUUCAUGUCCCUUCUGCUAAUUCUACUUCUAUGGCACCUUGAGAUACAAAUGAAUACUGAGUAUUUGAAAAGCCAGAAGACACAGUGCAAAUCACUGUAGGCCAGAGCUUUGAUACAGGACCCUGUUGGGAUUGAGAGGAGGCACACGCUUGGAGAUGUCAAUACUGGUGAAAAGAUAUGAACUCGUAGGAAGUUUUUAAUACAAGGAGCUAUUUUCUUUGUUCAGGGUUAUCUUUGGAAUCUAGUUAGUAAUGGU